CUAAUAUAUCAGCCUCGCACUACUCGACUUUUCAGAGAUCAAUGAAAAAUUUGAGGAUACUUGCUAAACAGCAGCGAAAUCAAGAGGACUGGAUCUUAGAAAGUCCGACAAGCUUAUAAAGUUCAAGAGGCCACGUGACGAAAAGUUUUAAGGUGGCAGAUAUUACAAUACUCAGAUCGUUUCCAAUGGGAACACAAUCUGUUCGGAAAUAUAAAAAUAGUAUUUAAUUUACACUAUCUUCGUAAUGGACCCUGAGAAAGCAGAGAAGCUGAAGAAGGGGUUCUUCCAAUUGACUCAUAACAUGUUGUGUGCAGAUAAGGCGGCACAGUAUCUGUACGCGAACAAACAGUUGAGUGUGCAACUUAGAGAUCAGAUCAGAGAGCAGGAAAAUAAUACGGAAAAGAACAGAUUGCUCCUCAACAAUGUUCUCUGCAGAGAUACUAAAGCUUACGACCUUCUUUAUGAAUCUCUUCUCAUCAACAAAGAAGAACACCUGUGUCAGUUACUGUGGAUACCCUCUUUCGGUCCCUACCCGCAAUCCAGAGAAAGGGCUCCAGUGGUGUCAGUGGCUGGGUUCAACGAGGAACUGGAACGACGAGGCCUCGACUACAGAUACAGACAUGGCGAAGAUCCCAAUCCAGGCGGCGACGUCAUUGAUUUACAGACAUUCUAGAACAUUCCUGCAUGUUCAUGCUGCGUUAAGUGGUACACCAUCGGCAAUAAUAAAUAUGCAUAUGGUUCGCCCAAAAAUUUGGAAGAAAUUGCCGGAAUUGAAAAGCAUGAAAUUUAUUUUAAUCAAUCGUUUGCGGAUCACUUUUGAAUUCGAUUUGGGCCAAAUUGUACCACUUAAUGACUUAAUUAUGAAUUACUCUUUUUUUAUAUGCAUUUUUAGUGACUUGUUACGGUACCGAUAUUUAUU